GCAUUAAUGCAAAUUUGAUUCCCAAAAGGGUCCACAGUCUGAAACAGUAUAUUGUUGACAAUCCUAAUAUCAGCGAAAACUGUUGUUUAUGUAAAUUCGAUUGCCAAAUGUCUUCACAAAAAUAGCGUCAAUACGUUAUACGACGAUGCGCAAUUGCGCGCAUUUCCAAAGUUGCCUUCUUGCGCGUAAAUGUAUACAUCUCCCUUUAGUUGCAUUGUUGCACAUUUUCAGUCAGUGAAGCACGCAUUUCUUUGGAGGGAAACACAGAGCAUAGAGCCGGUGUAGCGUGUGGUGGAUCUCCAGCCUAAAUGAUGUCACUUAUAAAAAGGCUGUGACAGCAGAAAUGUAGGUGGAACUCGAACGCCACGCAGCAUCGCGGAGGAUGCCUACAAAUAAUCUCUACACCGAUCCAGUGACAUAGUUCGGGACUUCACUUGGAUAGUUUUUGUUCAUCACUCUCCCAGUUCUAACGAGGUAAAAGUGUUCGACUGUAGGCACGAUAGGAUUUCUUUCUGUGCCUCAUGGCAGCGGUUCUUGGAAACAGCACCCGAACUAUGGGAACUUCAGAUUGUGACCUGAGAAGCCAUUUCAAAAGGAGACGGAGGAGGUCAACAAGAAAAGAGAGAACCAGCAUGCUGUCAUCCUUCAUCAGCCCCAUGAAGUUUAGAGAUAGUGGGGCAACAACAUCCAGAGACCAUGGAGACACUUCAAGUAGCAGAAGCGCUGAGGUGAAGGAGAAUCAUGACAGCAGAAACCAAGUGGACCCUUCAGUCACGCUAACCGGACAUCAACACUCAUCAGCCCUUUACCCUGACAUCUCCAGAGGGCUCUUAAGGACCACAGCCCCACAGCGAAAGCAGCUAUCUGUGGAAGGCAAAGAGUGUCUCCUCUACGAACUCCAGCUGACCUGUAAAAGGACGGACCGUUGUUUCAAGUCAGACACGUGCGCGCCGUCGGUGGAGGGGUGCGAGUUACGAAGGAGCAACGCCGCCCGUCGGCAGGCCAUGAGGACAUCCUGGUGUGUCACAAAGAAGAACGCCCUGGUGCAGUUAAAUGAGCUGAAACCAGGACUACAGUAUGAGACGGCAUCUCGGACCGGGCCUGUUCACGCCCCUGUGUUCGCUGUUGGAGUUGAGGUGAAUGGUUUUAGGUUUGAGGGGAAAGGACCCACUAAGAAGAAGGCUAAGAUGAAGGCCGCGGAGCUGGCUCUUAGGUCUUUCAUCCAGUUCCCCAAUGCACCUCAGGCUCACACCACCAUGGGAAACCUGCAAUUCGUCAACAGCGCUGCACCAACGGACUUCACCUCCGACCAGGCAGAUCUCGUCCCCGGGACACUCUUCAAGGAAUUUGAGGAAAAUAAUAGAUCCGUUGGAAAGGGACGGGAGUUGCUCUCCAGCAUUUGCAGUCACGGGAAACUGGUACGCCUGACCCUUGACCUGAUGUCCUCAGCCAAUCAGAAGAGGCAGAGGAUCGAAUCCUCUAUUGUUGAGGAGCUGAAGCCCGUGACUCUGCUUAAUGACCUGAGGCCCGGCCUAAGGUAUAUCUGCCAGACGGAGAGAGCGAUGGGCCGGCCAAUCAGGUGCUUUGUGAUAGCGGUGAGGGUGGAUGGGAAAAUAUUUGAGGGCUGUGGGCGCAGUAAAAAGCUGGCGAAAGCCCAGGCAGCAGGGUUAGCUCUACGGGACAUAUUUAACAUCAGUCUGGGGCCUGAGCCGAACAUCGGUCAUACUGACAGUUGGACCAAGAGUGCACAGCUACCUCAGUUCUUUGCAGAGUCAAUCUUCUACCUGGUGAGAAGGAAACACAGUGAGCUGAUGGAUAAUAGCUGCACCAUCUCCCAGUCGCACAGUCCUCACAAAGCUCUGGCCGGCAUCGUUAUGACCAGAGGUUUGGAUCUGAGGCGAGCCCAGGUGGUGUGCCUGGGUACAGGAACCAAAUGUAUCAGUGGAAAGAGUAUUAGUGACCAGGGAUGGACGGUUAACGACUGUCACGCCGAGGUCAUUGCCAGGAGGGCUUUUCUACGCUUCCUCUACGCCCAAUUGGAGAUCUUCCUCUGCAACCAGCCAGACAGUUUGGAGCAGUCGAUUUUUGUGCAUGACAAAGAAUCAGCAUACAAACUAAGAGAUGGUAUUCAGUUCCAUAUGUAUGUGAGCUCAUCACCAUGUGGAGACGCACGGCUCAACUGUCCCUACGAGAUAACAGCUACACAUCACACAGUGCAGAGAUCUGUGAAAAAGUUGCGCUACCAUCUAAGGAUGAAGAUGGAAGGCGGCGAGGGUACACUUCCUGUCAGCGUAUGGAGAGCCAAUCAGAAAUGGGAUAGGGGGUUACCAAGGGAACCUCCAGUUACCAUGUCCUGUACAGAUAAAAUAGCAAGGUGGAAUGUUCUGGGUCUUCAGGGUUCUCUCCUGUCUCACCUUGUGGCACCGGUGUACCUCCACAGCCUUACAGUGGGAAGCCUGUGCCACACGGGUCACCUGAGCAGGACCAUGGCACGCCGUAUGGGGCACAUCACCUCCCUGCCCUACCCCUAUAGACACAACAGGCUGUCCUUCGGAUGCCUCAGCAGCAGUGAGGGUCGGCAUCCGGGGAAGUCCCCCAGCGUCAGUGUGAACUGGAGUGCUGGAGACGCAGCGCUGGAGGUGGUGGACGCCUCUACAGGCAGGAAAAAACUAUCGGGGACUCCAUCACGGCUGUGCAGGAGAUCCCUCUUCACUCGUUGGGAGAGCCUACGCAACACGCUGAGCUGGCAAGUAGGAGUGUUGGGUGCAAAAGACACAGCUUCUCUUAUGCCGGAAAGCGCAAAGGCUUCGUCUGCUCUGCUGGCUGGGGGACUAGUGUUGCCUAAGAUAGACGCCACCUGUCGGAAAAAGAGGGACGAGGUAAUGAAGGCGUACUCUGCAGCUAAGAUGGCAUCUGGGGCCUACCAAAGAGCAAGGCAGAAGUUUGUCCUGUCACUGCAGGAAGCCGGGCUGGGCAUCUGGAAUGGAAUACCACCAGAACAGCAGAACGUCCAAAGUGGUGUUUAAUGUUGGUGUUGUAGAAAACUGUUCUCUAGCCAAAUACACACACAGUUUCUGUUGUGGUAACACCAUAGAUUUGGGGUAAAAACUAGAUUCAGCCGGUGGCCAGUUUUUGGCAGAUCAUAUGGUUGAGUGGCCAGAUUAUACUUACAAAAACAAUUAACCUUGGGGGAAAGGUCCUAUGAGGGUUGUUCCCAAAAGACUGGGGCUAAGUGAAAAAGAUUGUAUUAUGGCAGUUGUUUAACAAUGUUACCACAACAGGAAAACCAUGUGGGAUUUUGCCUGGAGAAAAUUCCCUGGCUUGAAUAUGUGCUGUUUUUGUAACAUUUAAAAUCAUCCAUAAUGAAUGGGUAGUCUAGCUGCCAUUCCUUUUCCCCCAUAGUCCAAAGGUAAUUAUGUUUGUCAAGUAAUCCCAACACCCAUAUACCUAUUGAAUUACUUAUUCUUAAAAUCCCCUUAUUUUCUGGUUUCUCCUUGUGAUGAAUAAGAAAUAUCUUUUCAACUGUGUAUUGUCUUUUUCAUUUCACAUGGGAUCAUUUGCACCCCCCACCCCAAAAAAUAUAUAAGAAUUGUCAUUUUAGUACUUUGGCACCGAAGAUCCACGCCCUCCUGGCCCUCAGAAACAUGAGAGCAGUGACAUCUAGUGGCAAAAGUACCUUUCAAGUUGUGAGGGAAUAAUAUAGUAUUAACACAGAACUAUGAGCCAAAUGGCCUCUACUGAAUGUAUACAUCUGAAUUAUCUGGUUGAAACUUGUGGAAGAGGAAGCCAGGCAGUUGAGGACAAUGUACCUGGGCAGAUAUUCUCCUGAAACAUCUCUGUUCCCAAUAGUAGAAUAUGACAAGAUUAGAGUGCACUACUACGUUUUUUAAAAACCUUAUCCAAUUAGAGUUGUUUACAAGGUGAAGGUCAAAAGCAUUGUUAAGAUACAAAAAGUAGCCUAGGAGGAAAAUAAGCAGUCGAAGGCCGAUGUGUAAAUUACUUGCUGCUUUAAUGUGAGCUAUCAGGGUAGAGUAGCUACCAGGCAGCAGUUAACCUAGCAGUUGUAGCAUCUACCAAAACAUGCCUGCAUGUUUUAGGUUUGAUUGGCAAGCGCAAUAAUGGUCGGAGUUGCUUAAAUAGCCUUUAAGCAGUUCAUCCUCCCACGGUACUUUGAAGCACAGUACGCAGCACUCAUGCUUCACAACACAUUGUAGCCCAAUAAAAAGGUAAAAAGGAUGCACUAGCUCAUGCUUGGCACUGCCUACCUCUUAAGUGCCACCUUGUCAGCUUCACAAGCAUAUAGUCGAUCUUGGGGUAAUUACUGUUUGUCACACACAACAAUUAUUAACUUAACAUGUUGUGUUUAUAACCGUUUCCUGAUCUGAAAUAAAAGAUCCUAGUCCAAGAGUUAUUUGCACAAAAAUUGUAUUUCUCACAAAUACUAGUGACACAUUUUCGUCCCUGUUGGUGAGCAGUCAUUUGCCAAGAUAAUCCGUCCAACUGGCAUAUUGAGAACCUGAAACAGCAUGAUCAUUACAAAGGUGUGCCUUGUGCCUGAGGCAAUAAAAGGCCACUUUUAAAAGUGUAGUUUCGUGACACAACACAAUGCCACAGAUGCCCUUGGCAUACAGAUCCCAGGAAUGUCCCCCAGAGCGAUUACCAGCAAUUUAACAUAACUUCCUCCAACAUUGGUUUGGAAGAACAUCAACACUUCACAUCCACAAAACAGGUGUAACCACACUUGCCCAGGACUCCCUUCUUCUAGGCUAUCACUUAAUGUCUCAGCAUGAUAAUGGAUGGCUUCAUUUCACAAGGAUCUGUACUGCAUUUGCCUGCAUAUUCACCAGACCUCUCACACAUUGGGAUGAUCUGGACUGAAGGGAUGUGUCCACAAGAUUAAUAAUCUGAUUCCCAGUCAUGUGAAAUCUAAAAAUUAGUACUUGACCUGAAUAAUUCAAUUGACUGAUAUCUUUAAAUUAACUGUAAUUCAGUAGCAUCUUAGCAAUUGUUGUAUGUUGCGUUUUUUUUUAAUCUAGCGUCUACCUUAUCUUUCCACAAUCAACUGUAAUUUUAUACACAACAGUCAUGACUAUAAAACACCAACCCAGACAGGAAAUGAAAAUUUUACUUACCAAUAUUACUGAAUGUGAAAUGGCCAUUACUAUUUUUAUUAAGUUUGGAUAUAGAUGAAGGCAGUAAAGUAUUUUAG